AUGGCUGGAGCAAGAAACAAUACAGCAGUCACCAAAUUUAUCCUUUUAGGAUUCUCUGAUUUCCCCAAGCUCAAGAAUGUUCUCUUUACAGUCUUCUUGGGGAGUUACCUCAUGACAAUCACCUGGAACCUAAGCCUCAUCAUACUAAUUAGAAUGGACUCCUACCUACAUACCCCCAUGUAUUUCUUCCUCAGCAACUUGUCCUUCUUAGAUUUCUGCUAUGUUACCUCCACCAUCCCUAAAAUGCUUUUUGAUUUCUUCCAGCAGCCCAAAUCCAUCCCCUUUCUGGGGUGUACCAUGCAAUACUUCUUUUUUUCUAGCCUGGGUCUCACUGAGUGCUGUCUCCUGGCAGCUAUGGCUUAUGAUCGCUAUGCUGCCAUUUGCAAUCCUUUGCUCUACAUGACCAUCAUGUCCACCACCCUUUGUGUGCAAAUGGUGGUAGGAUCCUAUAUCACUGGCAUUUUGGGCUCAUUGAUCCAACUGUGUGCUUUAUUUCAACUUGAUUUCUGUGGACCCAAUGUUAUCAAUCAUUUCUUCUGUGAUCUGCCUCAGUUGUUGGUCCUAUCCUGUUCUGAAACCUUUUACCUACAAGUGAUGAAGUUUGUGAUAGCGGUGAUCUUCGGUGUGAUAUCUGUCGUGGUCAUCAUGGUUUCCUACGGUUAUAUCAUUGCCACCAUCCUGAAGAUCAGCUCAGCUGAAGGCAGGGUCAAGACCUUCAACACCUGUGCUUCUCACCUGACAGCCGUGACCCUUUUCUUUGGCUCAGGACUCUUCGUCUAUAUGAACCCAAGUUCUAAUAAAUCCCUGGGCAAUGACAAGAUGGCAUCGAUCUUCUAUACAAUGGUGAUCCCUAUGUUGAAUCCUUUGAUUUACAGUCUGAGGAACAAAGAGAUCAAGGAUGCCCUAAGGAGGUAUAAGAAGAGAGCUUUCAUUCAUUGUCACAGUUAA